UCUAUAUAUCUUUUUUUGGAAUAGAUGAUAUACAUAUAACAUAUAGAUUACUUGGUAUUCCAAGCCUCUCUCCAUAGUCCAUUCAUUCGGUCAUUUCCACUAAACCAUGCCAACCCCACUCCUUCACUCUAGCAAACCAUUGUCCAAAACAUGGCUCAACCGUAUGUUCUCACUCGUCUACGCCGUUGCGCUUUCCAUUCUUCUCCUCCGCCACUGUCAUAACCUAAUCUACUCUCCAUCCACGAUCGCCAUCGCCCUUUUUCUAGCGGAUUUCGUAUUCGCUUUCUUAUGGUUAACCAACCAAUGCUUUCACUGGAAUCCAGUGGAACGCAAAGUCUUCCCAGAGAAUCUAAAACACGUUGCAUCCGAGAGCAAGUAUCCGCCGAUAGACGUGUUGAUUUGCACGGCUGAUCCAACGAAGGAGCCCCCGAUUGGCGUUGUGAAUACGGCGUUAUCGGUUAUGGCGUAUGAGUACCCCGCAGAGAAGUUGUCCGUGUAUGUUUCUGAUGAUGGAGGAUCGAAGAUGACUCUGUAUGCGUUCAUGGAGUGUGCCAAGUUUGCAAAGCAGUGGAUACCAUAUUGCAAGAAGUAUGGUGUUGUGGAUAGGGCACCUGAGGUUUAUUUUGGGAGUCAACCUUCAUCGUAUCCUGAAACAGAUCAUAUUAAGUCAAUGUAUGAAGACAUGAAGUCAAGGGUGGAGGCGGUGGUGCAGAGUGGUGGCCUGUCUUUGGAUCGAGUUAUGGAACCAGAAUUCCAGGAUGCUUUCAGAAAAUGGACCCCUGAUUUCACAAGUCGACAACAUCCCACCGUUAUCCAGAUUCUGUUAGACAACAAUGCCGACAAAGAUGUAGCAGGUGAUGUCAUGCCAAAUCUCAUCUAUGUUUCUCGAGAGAAAAACAACCUCAAACCCCAUAAUUUUAAGGCCGGUGCACUAAACGUCAUGCUUCGGGUGUCGGGUUUGCUGACGAAUGGAAAAUUAGUCCUCGUCCUGGAUUGUGACAUGUACUCGAAUGAUCCUGAAACACCACUCCGCGCAUUGUGUUACUUCAUGGAUCCAAACGCUGAUCCGAAGCUCGGAUUUGUUCAGUUUCCCCAAAGAUUUAAUGGCAUCAACAAAAAUGACAUUUAUGCUUCCGAGUUCAUGCCCGAGACUCAAAUUUUAAGUCUGGGUAUGGAUGGGUUGUUAGGCGCUGUGUUUAUGGGUACUGGUGGAUUUUUCAAACGAGAUUCCAUUAGCGACGACUCGCCAUGUGGUGUCACUACAGAGAGUAUUCAAACCAAAUCGAACCCGAUAAACAGUAAAGAUGUUUUAGUUUUGGCACAUGAAGUAGCAAGCUGCAACUACGAGGAUCACACCAAAUGGGGUUCAAAGAUUGGAUUUCGAUACGGCACCAUAACGGAGGACAUAUACACGAGCUUUCAACUUCAUUGUGAAGGAUGGAAGUCGGUUCUAUGCAACCCGAAACGAGCCGCAUUUCUUGGAGGUUCACCUUCAAACUUGAAUGAUGGACUCACCCAAAUCAAAAGAUGGUAUAUGGGAUUCCUCGAGAUAUUCUUUAACAAAUAUUGUCCCUUAAUAUAUGGUGUUCGAUCCAUGAAUCCACUCCAAGCUUUAUGUUACACACACUACACACUUCGUUCUUUUUGGUCCAUUCCAAUAAUCAUCUACGCAUUCUUGCCUCAACUUUCGCUCAUAAACUCGGUUCCAAUAUUCACAAAGGUCUCGGAAGAUGGUUUUUUCUUGUACGUGUUUCUGUUUCUUGGAGCAUACGGAAAAGAUUUUCUUGAUUUUGUUGUAUUCGGAAGACGAUCAACGAUAAGGUGGUGGAACCACCAAAGAAUGUGGUUGAUGUGGGGGCUGUCGAGCUACCCUUUCGCAUUGCUCGAACGGUCACUUAAAUGCUUUGGUUUAUCAACAUUCGGGUUCAAUGUAACAAGCAAAGUAGUGGAUGAAGAACAAAACAGACUGUACGAACAAGGGGUGGUUGAGUUCGGGGUUGAAUCAUUGUUGUUUUUACCGAUUUCAGUAGCGUCAUUGGUUAGCUUAUGGGCGUUUGCGAAAGGAGUUAUACAUGUGCUUCUAUAUGGGAGAUUAGAAGAGUUUUUUGUGCAGAUUUUCAUAUCUGGAUUUGUGGUGGUGAAUAGUUGGGUGAUAUAUGAAGGCAUGGUUUUGCGGAAAGAUAGAGGGAAAAUGCCAUUGAAGAUAACUUUAGCAUCAAUUGCAACCGCAAUCGCGAUUUAUUUCUUAUCUACUCUAAUCAUGUUUCGUUGAUUAAUUCCAGUUUGAUUCGUGUUUGUAAAUUGACCACCCUCAUAAACACAUGCGUCAAAACGCCCAAAAAAUGUUUGAGACUGUUGUAAUGGUUUUGACGCACUGCUGGAAAUUGGGUACCUGUUUGACUGAAAAAUACACCCUUUGACUUUUUUUAAUUUUUAAAAUAAUUAAAAUUACAAUGUUAGGAUC